AUGACUUCCCGUCGGAACAUCAGCUCCGGCUCUACCUUUGAAGAGCAAAUCGGAUACUCACGAGCUGUCGCAACUGGCGACUGGGUAUUCGUCAGUGGUACUACUGGCUAUGAUUACACAACCGGAAAGAUAUCACCCGACGUUGCUAAACAAGCCGACCAGACCAUGAACAAUAUCGCAGCUGCUCUCGAGUCCGCUGGUGCUUCAGUGUCUGACGUCGUUCGUGUUAAAUACAUUCUUCCUGAUCGAGAUGACUUUCCCAAGACUUGGCCAGUACUGAAGAAGUGGUUUGGAGAGGUUCGUCCCGCUGCAACCAUGGUACAGUCUGCAUUGAUGAAGGAAGAGAUGAAGAUUGAAAUCGAAGUCACUGCUAGAAUAGGAUGUGGUAAACAGGACAAAUAG